UGGAAUAUUCCUUUUUGUUUUGUUUCAACAAUAUGAAUAUUCCCAGGCAAAAAACAUUAUGGAACAUCCUGUCUAGAAUAAGCAGACAAAUUUAGCCCUUCACCCAAAAACAAAAUAAGCGUCUUUGUCUCUCUCACUCUCUUACCCAUUCUUCCAUUUCAUACAUUCCUAAAACCCUAAACCCUACCCACAAUGUCGGACAUUCCACCUGAAGUUAUCAGUGAUAUAUUUUCUCGACUUCCAGUUAAGUCUUUGCUCAGAUUCAGGUGCGUUUCAAAAUCAAUCAAAACCCUCAUAGACAGCCCAACAUUCAUCCAAGCACACUUAAACCAACACAUGCUUAAGCCCAACUCGCUUAUUAUCACGGCCCACCACAAGGCUAACAACCUUUUCUGUGUUGACAACUUCAGUAGUUCAACCCAACAACAACAACAACCAAAAGAGCUUGACCACCCACUGAAGCAACACGAUGGCCCAACUCAGAUAAUGGGUUCUUGUCGUGGUUUGUUUGUGAUAUCUAACUGCAUGGGUCAUAAUGGUGUCUGGAAUCCUUCAACUACCAUGUUUAGGAAAUUGCCUGUUUGUCAUUUCGAUCCUCCAAGCAAAACUCCACAUGAAAGUGGUCCAGGGAUGGCCCAAAUGUGUGGUGGUUUUGGGUAUGAUAGUUCUGCUGAUGAUUAUAAGGUGGUUGCAAUAGCCCAAUGGUAUCAUCCUGAUGAUCAACCUCCCUUAUUUUCCGAGACAAGGAUUUAUAGUUUGAAGUUUGGUGGGUGGAAGAAGGUUAAGGAGAAUUGUCCUCACUGGUUGCUUUUGGAAGAUUAUGGUACCUUUGCUGGAGGUGCAUUGCAUUGGAUUGUAACUAAGAAAAAAUCUGUAAGGUCGAGCCCAUUGAUUCGUCUUAAUCUUGGAAGUGAGAGGUUUGAGCAGGUGCCAUUUCCUGACAAUUUGGGUGAGCCAAUACAAUUGAAUAUGGCAGCAUUGGGAGAAUGUCUUUGCUUGCUUGCAGGUCAUUUCACCAGUAGGAAUGCAAAUGUGUUGGAUCAUCUUGACAUAUGGAUGAUGAAGGACGACCAGUCUUGGAUUAAGUUUUUUAAAGUUGACCAGUUAGACGGUCGUCAACAUUUUACUUGUCUAAGGCCAAUAGCAUAUUCAGUGACUGGAAAGGAAGUUCUUAUGGAAAUGGAUAGCAAGAAGUUUCUUUGGUAUAGUCUUGAAAAGAAGUCCCUCAAACAUGCUAAGAUUACUGGUGGAUUGGAUUGUUUUGAAUCCUUUGUCACUUUUGAAAACCUUGCCCCCUUAUAUGGAAAGGAUAGGAUCGAAGAAACGGAUUGAGGAACGAGAUGACUUGGUCUGAAGUAACUAUAGAGGGGGAGUGCUUUGCAGUUUAAGAAGGGAUGAAGAAUAGAGAAGCCCUUUCCAAUUAUCUCUGGCUCUCCUUUAUACAUAUAUAUAGAGUUAGUGCAAUAUCUGAAAUUUAGCAAAACAAAUUGUUGUUGUGGCUGGAAACUAAUCUUUUGAUGUAAGUGCUAUUCCGCUAUCUGGUAUAGACAUGUGUAAAAACUACUUGAUAUUAUGUGGUACUAUUAGUAUUAACUAGAAAGUAAUUUGAAUCUUCACCUAUGUAUUUAGUGUAGCAGUCUUUUUGGCUGCUGGACACUUCUGGUUAACAUAUGACCAAUAUUUUGCCUGCUGGUUCUA